CGUGACGUUGGCUGGGCGCGCGGCGGUUGAGCCGGCUACUGGAAAGGUGGGCCAGAGGGCGGGCGAGCGCCGGACCUCGGAGCCGUCAGGGUGGGUGCAGCUGGACCGCGGGAACGAUCGGAGACGGUGGCUGGAGAGCUUUCAUUUCUGAACUAAAGUUUUAAAUUCAAAUCAUUGCGAAAAAUGGAAAACUCUGCAGAGGAUUGUGAAAAGAACUUAGAAGACGAAGAGGCCUCUAUAGUUUCCAAAACAGAACUCUCUGUCAAAGUUAAUGAAAAUUUAACAGCUUCAAGAAAUGAAUCCUCUGAUGGAAAGGACACAGAGAAUGUUCAGGAAGGCACAUCAAGGAAAGGAAAACUAGAGUUUCUGGAUGAUUCUGAAGUUCAGACUGCCAGUUGUGGAGAGGGCACUCCAUCAAAGUUGGAUCAUGAAAGUAUUUCUGAGGAAAGAGCUGCAGGAGGUGAUGAAAAGGGCAUUUCACGCAAGAGAAAGUUAGAAACAGAUGAUGAUCCCAAAGAUGAUACUUCUAGUUGUGGUGAUGGCACACUUUCAAAUAAGAGAAAAUUGGAAGGGGAAGAUGCUUCUGUCAAAUGCCAACGUUUAGAAGGACAUGGCUCAACAGUAGCUGCUCACUACAAUGAGCUUCAGGAAGUUGGCCUGGAGAAACGAAGCCAGAGUCGUAUUUUUUACCUUCGAAACUUUAAUAAUUGGAUGAAGAGUGUCCUCAUUGGGGAAUUUUUAGAAAAAGUACGACAGAAAAAGAAACGUGAUAUCACUGUGUUGGACCUGGGAUGUGGGAAAGGUGGAGAUUUGCUCAAGUGGAAAAAGGGCAAAAUUAGCAAACUAGUUUGUACUGAUAUUGCUGAUGUUUCCAUCCAGCAGUGUCAGCAGCGCUAUGCUGACAUGAAGAAUCACUGUCGUGACCAUGAGUACAUUUUCAGUGCAGAAUUUGUAACUGCAGACAGCUCAAAGGAACUCUUGACUGAAAAAUUUCGUGAUCCAGAGAUGUGCUUUGACAUUUGCAGUUGUCAGUUUGUAUAUCAUUAUUCAUUUGAGACUUACGAACAGGCCGAUAUGAUGCUCAGAAAUGCUUGUGGGAAACUUUGCCCUGGAGGAUAUUUUAUUGGCACUACACCAAAUAGCUUUGAGCUCAUAAAGCGCCUUGAGGCAUCAGAAACAGAAUCAUUUGGAAAUGAAGUCUACAAUGUAAAGUUUCAGAAAAAGGGAGAAUAUCCUUUAUUUGGAUGUAAAUAUGAUUUCAACUUGGAAGGUGUUGUGGAUGUUCCAGAAUUUUUGGUUUAUUUUCCUUUGCUGAUUGAAAUGGCAAAGAAGUAUAACAUGAAACUAGUUUACAAAAAGACAUUUUUGGAAUUCUAUGAAGAAAAGAUCAAGAAUGUUGAAAACAAAGUGCUCCUAAAACGAAUGCAAGCAUUAGAACCAUAUCCAGCAAAUGAGAAUUCUAAGCUUGCCUCUGGAAAUUUGGACGAUUAUGAACAUGCUGCAAAAUAUAUGAAAAAUAGUCAAGUUAGAUUACCUUUGGGGACCUUAAGUAAAUCUGAAUGGGAAGCUACAAGUAUUUACUUGGUUUUUGCAUUUGAAAAGCAGCCAUGAACAUAAAACUGGUUUAUUCAGGAAGAGUGGUUUAUCCCACCUUGUACAGAUGUGGAGGAUUCACAAUCAGCACUCGAAGCUUUGCUUUAAUCUUUUUCUUUCCUUAUUUUUGUUUCUGUUUUGAUUUGUUUUUCUCUUCCUUUAAAAACAAAAUUGAUUGCAAACAUGUAGGACCUUGCCAAGAACUAGGACAAACAUAUAUCUGCCCAAUAGCUCCUGAUUGUGGCAGAUAAACUUUUGUGUAUGUCUAUAAGAAACCAAGCUUGGACAUUCAUCUCUUUAAAACAAUUAGUUUGCUUUCAGAAAUGAUCAAGGGAGAAAACCUAUUUGACUUCUCACUGAUCUGGUAGCUUUCAAAAAUUGUUACAGUACAACUUGUUAUUAAGGCAGCUGAGCCAUUACCACGAUGCUCCAGUUUGUUCAGUAAUGUAUGUUUACAGUAUUAAAUUUUGAGACUGUAGGAUGUGGGGCAAGAAAUUCAAGUUGUGUGUUUGUGCACACACAUGUGUGUGCUUAUGUGUAGUCUUGUUAUUUUUUCAACAUUAAAUGGUUUUGCAUUCUGUACGGUUUUGAAUGUUGGUUUUCUGAAUAUGUUGGUAAAAUAGAAAUUUUCACAUGUCUAUUUUAAGACAUCUUAAAAUUCCAGGCAACUUAUUUAGACAUUUGCUACAAUAUUUAAUAUAAGUAGUAGCCUGCUACUACUGGUAUACUACACUUAGUAUAGUUUCAUAUAUUUAGUACAAGUAGUAGAGUUUUCUUAUCAUAAUGUCCUUCCCCAAAUAGACUUUUUAGAUGCAUAGCAUAGAGAAUUUGUUUUCUAUAGUAAUGUUUGCAGCUUUUCUCACUUCUUUUUAAAGGAGAAAUUUGUGCUGCUAUUUAAAAUGUUCGAUCAUUAGAACUACAAAAUUCUAAGCUAUUGUUUAUAAAAGGUUAUAGAGUCCCCUUAUUGACAGCAAACACAUGAUUGUGUGGAAACAUUUUUCAUGCCUUCUAAUACAUCAUUAUUUGCAAAGAUUGUAUCUAGCUACUGUAUUUGAUCAAUAAGUCUCAUGUGGCUCCGAGUUGCAAUAUUAAUUUUUCUCACAAUUAAAAAAAAUCUCACUUCGCACAGUAAACUGAAAAUUUGUUUUACCCAAGGUAUAUAUUAUACAUGGGAUUUCUCUAGUAGUGUGUGGUCAUAAAGUCAGUAGUUAGAUAUUAGGUUGAUGCUUAUUGAAGUAUGGUGAUAAGUGGUAGUGUAAAUCAGUAGGGCACUUUUGGUCUAGGAGUCAGUUCUAAGCAUCACCAUCAAGGCUGUACAUGCCAGAACAUAGCUAGAACAUAGGCAAAGGACAAGGGGGAAAAAGUACAUAAAAGAGGAAAGGGGUUUUCUCAAAGAGAAUACAGGAUAGUGAUGUACUAUUGAAAGUACUCACUGACCCCUUCCAUAGGUUGUUUACCUUUUCUUUAGCCAUAUAAUCACAUGUAUAGCGAGAUAAAAAUACAUAACUUACUACAUGGGAAGAAUUUUCCUAUAGGCUCUUUAACAAUGAUACUUUCAGCAAAUUAUCCUUGUUUUUAUUUGGUGAAUUAAACACUAAUUAUAAUAACCAAGAAAAAUCUGAUAAAUGUUGUUACUUGAGGAAUCAAAAUCUCCAUUGGUCGUCCAUAGGAGGAAUGCCGUCUCUGCUAUAAUCUCCAGUUAUCAGAAUUACUUUCGUUUCUGAGGUCAGCUAACAUCAAUAAUAGUGAAAACAAAUUUCUAUGGUACUUCAUUCAGUGUUUACAGUAUAAUUUCCUUGCAACAAUCCUGUGGAGCAUGCGGGGUAAUAAGCAUUAUUACCAUUCUAUAGUUGAGGAAACUGAGGCUAAUGAGAGCAAAUUUCUCAUGGUUGGAUAGGUUUAGUAAGUGUCAGGAUUCUGACUGAUUCAUUUUCUUGGCACUAUUCUCAUAUCUUCAUUCUAAUUCUGGUAUUUGGGGGGUAUGCUUGUUUGUUUUCAUAGUUCUCUCUCUCAUGCCCUGCCUCAAAUUAGUUUAUUAUAGUUACUGGUAAUGGUACUGAGACUUAAGGUUUUUUUUCUUCUUCUGAUAUUUGUAAAUGUACCACAGCUAUAAAUAAAUACAGGCCAUGAAGAUUGAAUAAUAAAAUGUCACUUUGUUGUGAGCACA